AUGGCCAAAGGGUCUCAGAAAGAGCCGGCAAAGCCUCCCCGAGAUUGGACUGCGGAGCUUCAAAGUGACUAUGAGAGAAUCCUUACUGUUGGAGAAGAGUGCAUAGCUGCAUCUGAGCUGAAAGCUUUGAUGACUGCAAAAGGCAGAGGUUCCGACCAAGCCGGUUUCAAUCUCUAUGACGGUUUUGAACCGAGUGGUCGUAUGCAUAUUGCACAGGGAGUCUUUAAGGCAAUGAAUGUCAACAAAUGCACCGCGGAGGGUACCAACGCAACUUUCAUCUUCUGGGUUGCAGAUUGGUUUGCACUGAUGAACGACAAGAUGGGGGGAGAUCUUGAAAAAAUCAAGACCGUAGGGCUCUACUUAAUCGAGGUGUGGAAAGCAGCUGGAAUGAACUUGGAAAAUGUGGUAUUUAAGUGGGCAUCAGAAGAAAUCACCAACAAUGCCGACAAGUACUGGCCGAUAAUGCUAGAUGUUGCUAGAAGGUUCAAUAUCACCCGAGUGAAGAAAUGCUGUCAAAUCAUGGGCCGGUUGGAGGGCUCGCUGACCGCGGCACAAAUCCUCUACCCACUUAUGCAAUGCACCGACGUCUUUUUUCUAAAAGCGAACAUCUGUCAAUUGGGAGUCGACCAAAGAAAAGUCAACAUGCUUGCCCGUGAAUACUGUGAUGCAGCGAAAAUUAAGAACAAACCAAUCAUUCUAAGCCACCAUAUGUUGUUUGGCCUCAAAGCAGGUCAAGAAAAGAUGUCCAAGUCCGAUCCAGAUUCCGCUGUUUUCAUGGAGGACAGUGCCGAAGAUGUCGAACGCAAGAUCAUGAAUGCCUAUUGCCCAACAGAAGAAGAAGCGGACGGCGAAAAGCCGAAGGAAGAAGUGCAAGAUGCUGGAAAGGAAUCGAUGCAUUUGGUCGAGGACAAAAUCAAGAAUCCGUGUCUCGACUACAUUCAACAUAUCAUCUUCAGUCCCCCUGGUGCAUCUUUCAAGGCUGGCGAAAAUACAUACACCAAUUUCCCUGAUGUUCGCACCAAAUUCUUGUCUGGUGAGAUUUCCGAAGCCGAGCUGAAAGAAGCAUUGAUCGCUGCGUUGAACGAGUUGCUGGAACCAGUCCGAACACACUUUACCCAAGAUGAAAAUGCAAAGAACCUUUUGUCUCUCGUGCAGCAAUAUAAGAAAGAGAAACUUCCAAAAGACAGCAAACCGCGGCGGUUGAAUCUAAUUGAGUUGAAAAAAGUGGCAGCCGAUUCCCACCUUGUCUUUGCUCCCCUGCCAAAUGCCGCUCCAAGCCUCCAAGAAGCGAUGGAUGUGCUGACCCAAUUGAAAAGUGGUGGUGAUGCCCCUUCCGUGUUGUAUCUUUCGGAUUGGUCAGCUCGAGUGUGUAGUUGCUGCGACGGCGAUAUCAAGGCAAUCGACGCUUUCUAUACCGUUUUCUUGGCUGCUCUUCGGUCUCUUGACCCACAACUUAUUGCUAAGGUGCAAGUUCUUCGUCAAAGUGAAGCAAUAUUUGCAGAUCCAUCCAAUUAUUGGAUCAGCGUCAUCAAUAUUGGGCGCCACUUCCGUUUGAAUGAUGUCAUGGGUCCUGAUAUGAAAGAUUCUGAAGGAGCAGGUAUUGUCAUUGCCCGACUGAUGCAAGUUGCCGACAUCGCGGGUAUCGAACCAGCGACUUUGUCGUUGGUAAAUGGGGCCAACGCAUCGGCAAUCAUGACGUCCAUGGUGGAAUCAUUCUUCAAAGCAAAAUUGCCGAUGCUGGCUGUUCCAAAAAUUAGCAACAAAGCUGAAAUAAGUUUGCUUUUGCAUCGAAGAGAAUCAGAUGCGCACAUAACAGAGAACGACGAGUACUUCCUGUUGGAUGAUCCGAAGGUUCAUGGUAAAUCAAAGAUGAAAAAAGCUUUUUGCGAACCAAAGAAUAUUGGAUUCUGCCCUCCCAUUUCGUUGGCUUCCGCUUUCACUUUUGAUUUCGCUGAUAGCGACGGGAAGCUCACGAUCAAACGCGCUGCUGAUAAUGGUGGCGAUAUUGUUUUCGAAAACAAGAACGAUCUUGAAGCAAGCUUCACCAACGAAUCGCUUCAUCCGGGCGACCUGAAGACCGCAACAUCUAACAUUAUGGUUGCAAUAUUAGACAAGAUCUCAGCGAGCAUCAAGGGCGACUCUGAAGCCACGAAAGCAUCGAAGGUGUUGAAAGCCAUGGCAAAGAAGCUUUCAAAAAAAGGAAAGAAAUAG